UCUACUUUAUCGUAGCACAGCAACAUUUUUCUGUUUAAAGAUGGCGACUUACAUUGAAUUUUUAAUUUAAAAUAGCUAAGCGUCGGUUUGAUUGUCAUGCCAGGCAAAAAGAAAGGAAAAAAAGGAGGUGGGGGCAAGAAGAAAAGUAAAAAAGGAAGUAAAAAAUCUACAAAAUCAAGCUCAAAAUCGACUAUUUCAAGAAAUGAAGAGGUUAAGACUGACAGCAGACCACCGCUGUUAAGACCAGGAGAAAAACUGAUUGAUUUAUUGACGAGUCAUCCAGUUGAGGAAAAAGAAGUUCAUGGAAUCAAAGUUUCAACUAGAGUAUUGGAGCAACUAACACCUCAGGAAAUUCGUGACCUUAAAAUUGUUUUUGAUAUUUUUGACACAAAUUCCGAUGGGUAUAUUGGGCCUUUAGAUCUAAGAAAAGCCUUGAGAACAUUAGGGUUCAAGGUAUCUAAACAGGAAGCCAUUCAGAUUUCUAGUGAUGUCAAAGUUAAAGGGAAGAAAACUGAAAUAAAUUUCAAUGAAUUUCUGGAAAUAGUUAUAGACAGACAAGGAGACACAAGGGAUAUUUAUGAUGAAAUUCAAAAAGGUUUUGAAAUGUUAGAUUUCGAUAAUACUGGAACUAUUUCAAUAGAGAAGUUGAAAAGAGCAUGCACUUUGUCUGGGAUAAAGUUUACACAGAAAGAACUGGAAGAUAUGAUGGAAGAAGCAGAUGUGAAUGGGGACGGCAAUGUGGACCAAUCAGAGUUCAUCCAGAUCAUGUUGCAAACUAACUUGUUUUAACUUGUUAAAAUUUUGUCCAUUUUUAGUGUGCAGUUGGCUUUAAUGUUUGUUGAAAUUCAUGCACUUUUUCAUGUAAAACCAAUCUAAAAGUUACAGAAUAACAAUUUAUAUAAAAACUUUU